GUGCAGUACAGUACAGUACAGUACAGUACAGUACAGUAUUCAAAGCGGGAGUGAAUCUCUCCUUCGUAACCCCAUUCAACAAAUCAACUCACCCAUACAUUCAUUCGUUCUUAACCACUAUAAAUCCAUCAUCUACCAGCUACGCGCAUUCCUCGCGUCUGAUAACGAAAAAGGCCUGCUUGCUUGCUUUUUUAUCAACAUUGUCAUUUGUCCAAAAUCCCACAUUCCACAAAUAUACAUCUGGCUACUGCAAGGUGAUUAUCCUUCUCCACAACGACAAAUUCGGGGUUUUUGGGCUGGCAGUUGGUAACUUGAUGAGAUGUCUUCUUCGUCUUCGCAACCGGUUCCUCCACUGAGGAUUCAAAAAGGUUCCAUCUCAUCUGGAUCACCAGUCAAAACUUCUACACCGCGACCACUUUCAGAGCUAGCCCCAACUGCUCAGAGGCGGAAUUCUCCAAGUUAUAAGCAAGCCACAAAGAAGAUGAGUCUCAAUCUCAAUGGAGAUUCGUCUCCAUUCCAGUCCUCCCCGUUCACUUCCGCCGAAGGCUCCUCUCCACAUCUCUUCUGGCAAAACCGUGAUCCAGGCACACCAAAUCGAGUCGGCACGGAAAAUGCGUUCAAAGAUUCUUCGAUAUCACCAACAAGAAAAUCAUCCAUCGAACGUUUACAGCGCGCGUCGCGUGUGAAGAACAGCACCAUGUACGCCAGGGAGCAGAAACUCGAAUACGACCCAAUGUCAAUACCGGUGGUUGAGAGACCACUGGCGAAGAACAUACAAGGCAAUGCUUAUGGAGGAAAAGGUCUGGAAGGGUUUAGAUCGGAGCAAAAUCGACCAUAUAACCACAUGAAGACAGAUAGUAAAAGCAGUAUUUCACUGGCCAGUCCGCCCCCUCUGAGCCCAAACAGAGAGCCCUUGAAGGUAGCAGCAGCAGCAACAAACGGUCUACGAUCACCCAGCAGAGAUCAAAUUUCUCCCACGAAAUCCUCCAUGGCAACUAGUCGAUUUACUGGCAAAGCACUUUACGAUCCAGAGCACAAUACUUUUGGCGAUGAAGAUUCGGGUGAUGAGAGAGAACGAGAGCUUCCACCUGGACGAAGUUUACACAGACAUGCGAAGAGUGUUACUUUUGAUGUAGCUCCUCCACAGAUCAACGAGUACGAAUUAGCUACACCUGAUAUAUCAUCCAUUGGAACAGGUUCUCGAGAGAACAGUUAUGAUUCCGAGGAGGAUGACGAAGAGGAUCUUUACUACCAUGACAACGGGCUUGAACAAGAUGAUAGCUUCGAUGCUUCUCUUGAGGAUAUCGAAAAGACACCGGUUGUUGGACCGGAUGACUGGAGACAUCCCAGCCCGAGAAACAGCUAUGGUCAAGGUUCUGGUUACUUCGAUGAUCCAUUUGACGGUCCAGAUGGUAGUCCAAGGCCUGAUGCUCGUCCUUCAUCCUCGGCUGGGCGACCUAGUGGAACACGCAAUGAUUCGUUAAACUCAAAUGGCGAACAUCGACCACUGCCACCUCUUCCCGGUAUGGCUGCCAAUGACCGAAGAGGUUCAGCGUCCUCGGGUAUUGAACGUGGAGCAACAAGUUCACCGAGAAAUUUGCCGACGCCACCUCCUCCAACCUCUAUCAGCAAAGCAGAUCUUCAAGGAAUGAAUGGAAACAAGCUGACUUUGGAGGAAAGAUUGCAUUUGAUGAUGAUUCAGGACGAUGAUAGGCCAAAGUCUUCUGAAGGUAGACCAAAAUCUGCCGAGAGAGAUGAGCAACGAGAACGUCGAAUGCGUCGUGCAGGAGCACGUAAGAGUCAAACACCUGAACGAGAGGCCCAGCCCAUCAAAAUUCAUGAAGACAAAGAAGACCGAGAAGAUCGUGAGGAUGAAGAUGCAUUGGAUGAUCUUCCAGGAUUGGGUUCGUAUCAAUUACCACCUCGCAUCUCACGAGAAUCGAUUUUAAGAAAGGUCAAUGGCCAGGAACCAUUUACCAGGGAAUCAGAUUACAAUCUGGAUUCGCCUCUACCUAGCUCAAGUCCCGAACGUCCAAGCACCGCUGAUAUGGCACAUAUUGACCCCGACACUCCUAUUCCAUCUACCGAGGAUUCUUUGGUCGAAUCGGCAGACGAGGAUGAUGAGGAAGAUGAGGAUGACGAAAAUAGCAUCUUAAUCAAAUCUGAGGCUGGAGACGAGGAAGGAGUUGACAUGUACAAUCUUCCUGACAUGUAUCAGCGUACCGAAUCUGGAAUGGAGAGUCAUCAGACUGAGAGUGAAGCUGGGACGGUGGAUGAUUCUGAAUUGGAGAGCCAUUAUUCCGAUGGAACAUCAUCCGAAAUGCCACUUCAUGAAAGCCCACAAUUCCAAUCGAAUAGCGUUCCAGAGGAGGACGGUCCACCAACUCCAAGAAACAUCAGUCCCUCUAGUAUCUCAUCGGAUCCGGCAAAGGAAAACAGAAGAAUUUCCCUGCCAGAGUUUUCAGGACUUCUCGCCGAUAAUACAGACUUGAGUCUGAGUCUGAGAUCUUACAUGACGCCAUCCCCUGAACCUCAAAACGAACAGGAGAGAAAGGUCUCUCAAAUGUCAGAGGCACAUGAACACUUGCAAGGAUCCAAAACACCAGAGGCGGACGAUGAAGUUGUGCACCAGGCACCAAUCAAUGAGCGUAAACAAAGUGUGACGGAAACUGAACCAGAGACGGAAACAGAGACCGAGGGAGAGACCGAGGCAGAGACCGAGGAUGAUACUCCAGAGCCACAGCAGAUUGUUCCCGAGCCUCAAGAGGAACCUGCUCCCAUGUCGCCACUCAAGAAAAUGGUUUCACGUCCAGAAUAUGAUGGAUCUGAAUGGGGACCACAAGAAGAUGAUGAGGAGGAGGAGGAAAUGUCAGAGUCUGAUUCCGUGAUUCAUCAUCCAGUUGAUGAGCCAAUUGAUCAUCCAUUCAGAGCAUCUUUGGAUCAACCAUUUAGAUCAUCGAUUGAUCAGCCAUUCCAACACCCAUUCAUUAACCCUCCUAAGAUUUCUCCUACACCACCACCGCCCUCAGACUCUCCUGGUAUUCCCGAAACAGUAGCUACUAUCAAAGCCCGAAGCGGAUCCAAACUCAAGACACGGCCAUCCGUAACACCUUCUGACCUGGCAGCCAUGCGUGAAGCUCGACGUCAAGUCAGUGGCGCUGGUCCUGUCGUUCCCCCAAUCCCGCAGCGACACCGCAAUCGCCCUUCAUUAAAUGGGGAGCAAGACCCCGAGGAUGAGGAUAAUGAUAACGAUGAUGAGAAUGAUGCGGAGAGGGGUACCAUACAGCGAGCUCCCAGCUUCAAAAAGCGAAGUCUCACACUAGACAUCGGUGGUGAUCUUGGACUUAACUUGGAGUCAGAUUUCGACCGGGUCAUUGAAUCUUCAAAGGUAGCAUAUAAUUUAACUUCUACUCACCCGAAUUUCCUUACUGGUGGACCUGGACAAGCGUCCGAAUUGUAUAACCUAACCGAAAAGAAUGACCAUGCUAACAGGAGUCCACGACAGCGAGGAUACUUGAUGCGACAAAACACCAAAGUCGUUGUUGCUAGCAGCGAUGAAAGAGAACCACGGAAUACCAAAUCAGUCGAAAACUCACCUACUAAACCAGAUAAUCGACCACAGUCUUGGGUCGUUGAACCAUGGAACGGUUCUCGUAGAAGCAGCGCUCGACCUUCCAGUCCACGCAAGAAGCCUCCAACUGGUCCAGUCCCACCGAUGCCGGGUCAUGAAAGUAAUGCCACUGGCUUAGGUAUUGUAACAGAAGGUCAAGUCGCAGAGCCUGCAUCUGAUGAAGCUACUGAGCGAGGGAGGUUGUUCGUGAAAGUCAUUGGAGUGAAGGACUUGGACCUCCCCUUACCCAAAAAUGAACGAUCAUGGUUCAGCCUGACUCUAGAUAAUGGUGUGCACUGUGUUACUACAGCAUGGUUAGAGUUGGGACGAAAUGCUCCUAUUGGACAAGAAUUCGAACUUGUUGUGCCAAAUGAGCUUGAGUUUCAAUUAACAUUGAAUGCAAAACUUGAGAAGCCACCACCACCAAAGCGCGCCCAAACUUCUCCAAUCAAAGCAUCAAAACCUUCAAAGCCUUCGACUUUCAGCCGAGUAUUUGCUUCACCCAAGAAGAGAAAGGAACUUGAGAUGAGGCAAAAGGAAGAAGAACAACGCAUUGCACAACAAAAACAACAAGACGCUCAAGCAUUGAAGAAAUCAUCGCAGCCAACUGCGUGGGAUCUUCUCUCACCGCUUGCUGCCGCAGAUGGUAGCUUUGGUAGAUCUUACGUUUGUCUAAAGGAUCAUGAGACUCGCUGCUUCGGAAGACCUUACAAUGUCGACGUUGCUGCUUUCAAUGAAUGGGCUACCGAAGAAGUCAGUCAAUCGUCGAGUGUCAUGAGCAAACGUAGCGUUCCUCCUCCAGUUCGAAAGCGCGCUCCUUAUACCAUUGGAAAGUUACAAUUGCAGCUCCUUUUCGUGCCAAAACCAAAGGGUGCAGGCGAUGAUGACAUGCCCAAGAGUAUGAAUGCUUGCAUUCGUGAGAUGAAAGAAGCCGAACUCGAGGUUGCUAGGCAAUUUGAGGGUCACCUGAGUCAACAAGGUGGUGACUGUCCUUUCUGGCGUCGUCGCUUCUUCAGAUUAUCAGGCAGCAAACUCACAGCUUACCACGAGUCAACUAGGCAGCCUCGUGUCACUAUCAAUCUUGCAAACGCCAAUAGACUGAUUGAUGAUCGAAGAGCACUAACACAAAAGGAAACCACUGCCAAAUCUGGUAAACGUCGCAAGUCUGGUUUUGCUGAAGACGAGGAAGGUUACAUGUUUGUUGAAGAAGGUUUCCGUAUUCGAUUCAACAAUGGUGAAGUCAUUGAUUUCUAUGCAGACUCGCCAGCCGACAAAGAAGCAUGGAUGUCUGUUCUCGACCCUUGUGUAGGAAAAGAACGUGCAGGCGGUAAAGGUGGUUGGUGUGAGAUGGUUCUCAAACGGGAAGAACAUAUAAUGAGGAAAGCUUCCGGAGCUUCGGGCAAGGGCCGAUCACAUUCGAGAGUUAAGAGUACCAUCUUUUGAUCUCUCUUAGCGCUUACAACAUCGGUUUACGUCGCCUUUACAACAACUGAAAGGGAUUUUCCUUUUCUUGUAUUACUUUCUGCCCGGGCGGCCUUCAUUCUAUUUCGGCAAAAUAUUGUUUCUUCUCGUGCAAAAUCGGCUAGAAGUAGAUAAAAGUUUCGUCAAUUUUAUUGACAGACACGUGCACCAUUUUUGUUUUAUACGUCAUCUCUUGAUAUGGAAGCGAGCGGGUUCAUGGCUGGGGUGGGGGAAGUGGGAGCAUAAUUCUUGACUUUUUUGUCUCAUUUGCGUUUUCACAACUGCGUUUGUAAGAUUUCUGGUUUGAGUAGUCUUAGCUAGUUUUUUUCUUUUGGCAUGCGAAGGCAACAAACUUAUUGUUUUAUUUCAAGGGUUAGGUUAUCUUUGUUUUUCUACCGUUUUUUACGUUUUCUUUUGACUGGUUGGUUUCUAGUUUGGGUUUCCUUUCUUUGGGAAUUGGAUUGGAAUGGGGGUUUAAG